UAUAGUGGACCUAUGAUGCAGCACGACAAGUUGGGCAGCAAAGAGACGGGAUGACGACCAUGAUGCAGGGCAUGGAAGCGCAAGCACCAAUUGGACCUCACCACGUCUUUGAUUCUUGGCAUACGGGAGCCUCUUUCGUGGCAGUGAGCAUAAAAGUUUGGAUAAAUUUCAUUUUUUCUGUUUCAAAAGAGAGCCACGGACAUGCCCGGCUUCGGAGCAUCAUACCCGCUCCUAGCUGCCACGUUCCCUACCAUCUCCACCACCGAGGGCCGCUGUAUUACGAUAGGGGACAGUCAGUCGUCCCUCCCUGCGGCCCGCGCAAAGGACAUACUAGAUAGGAGAUCUGAAAGGGUAGGGAUGGGGAAGAACUUCAUGGACAGCGCAACGGUGGCUGGGCAGCUAAAAAUCUGCUCCCGGUGCUGCCCCAUGGCUUUGUCUGACUGGAUGGCAGCUGACCAUGGCUCAGUGGGCGAACAUGGCUGCCCAUGUACUAGGGUACGUGCCAUCUAAUUGUAGCACUCUGUGCAGAAAGUAUGGGUGCAAUAAUUGGAUGGUUCUCUCAAAUGGAGAAGCUGGCAAGCAAUGGAGGACGUCAGGAACCCGGAGUCAGAUAUCCAUUAUGUCGACUACACCAUCUAGCAGCCAGCACAUUCGCUUUAUCAUCAAGCACACCCUUUCUCAAACCAGCUCGGUGUUUGUUCGGUGGACCUGUGGUUAUUUUCGCUUGGGCUGCAU